GCUUUAACAACUUCAGAAAGCACUGGAGAUCCAGCUGAAGCAGAGGAGAGAGAGAUUCAUCAGACCCACCGCCAUGGAUAUGCUCCUCGGAGGUGAUCAUCAGAACAGCUCAUCUGAGUCUCCAGAAAACACCAGUGUCGUCCAGUCGGGGGAGCUGUAUCUGAAAAAACUGGCACACCUGGACGAAUCCCUAUACCAGGAGUUUUACACCCUGUGGGUCUCGCUGAUCGUGGUCAAUACACUCAUGUUUGUGGUCGGAGUGGUGCUUAACAGCCUGGCGCUCUACGUUUUCUGCCAGCACAGCCGUUCCCGAUUAACCCCAGCCAUUUAUACUAUAAACCUAGCAGUAGCCGACCUGCUGGUGGCGCUGUCGCUCCCGGCACGCAUCGCACUUUAUCACAGCGGAGGCGACUGCGUGGCGUGUUUCUACAUGCACACUUUUAGCUACUUCGUGAACAUGUACUGCAGCAUCUUAUUUCUGACUAGCAUCUGCGUGGAUCGCUAUAUGGCGGUGGUGCGGUCGUCGGGCAGUCGUUGGCGCAGUCCUGCGGUGGCGAAAAUCGUUAGCAUAUGUGUGUGGCUUUUCGCAGUAGUCGUCACAUACUCUUUGCAGACUUCGGCUUUGGAGUUUCACAGAGCGUCCUGCUGUCGAGUCGCUGUAUUAUUCGCCCUCACCGUUUUGGAGUUCGUCCUGCCGCUAUUAGUAAUCGUAGCAUUUACGAUUCGUGUAGCAUGUGCGCUAACAGAUGGAAACCUAAUGCCGCAGAGCUGGGGUCGCCGAGCACGUGCUGUUCGGUUGCUGGUUGCAGUCCUGCUAGUUUUCACCGUGUGUUUUACGCCGUAUCAUGUGCGCGAGGCAGUGGUGUAUUUCCAGCUAGGGGGCAGCAGAGAGCAGCACGUGGUGGCGUAUCAUGUAACCAUCACGCUCAGCAGUCUCAACAGCUGCCUGGAUCCUGUGGUUUACUGUUUUGUGCCGGAUAGCUAUCGCUCUGUGCUGCGGAAAGAGCAGAAGAGGAGAUCUGGAGGGAAUCCGAUGGCGAUUAAAGGAAACAGGAGCAGAAACGCUGCCGACAAAGCCAUCGCUUACAGCGUCACAACUCUCACUCUCACACCCUGCAUACUGCCAAGCAGAGACAUCACAGCCUGAGAUUAAACACUCACUGAGAAUCUGAAAUAUCAGAUAUGUACAGUUGAAGCCAAAAUUA